AUGUCGAUUAUGAGCUAUAAUGGUGGUACAGUCCUUGCAAUGGCCGGCGAGGAGUGAGUUUUCUGCGUUUUUUAAAUGAUAAGUUUACUUGAAUAUUUUUCUAAUUUUAGAUGUGUUUGCAUUGCUACUGAUCUGAGAUUUGGCGAGCAAAUGACGACUGUGGCCACAGACAAAAAGAAGGUUGACAUGAAAAAUUAGGUCUUUUGCAACUUUUGAAACCAGGUACACAAAGUUUCGGACAAAGUCUAUGUUGGUCUCGCUGGAUUUUCGUCGGACGCUAGGACCAUGCUUGAGAAGAUCAUGUUCCGGAAAAACUUGUACGAACUGAGAGAGAGCCGUAAAAUACGUCCUAAGGUAAAAUAAUAUUUAAUCUAUUUCAUACCGUGAACUUUUUUUGGAAGCUUAGAAACAUGACGUAGAAAAAAUGCUUUUCUCAUCGGUUCAUCUUGUAAUUUUCCAUGUUCUCGUAAAUAUCUUUCGAGAGGUGUAGGGGUGUUAAAAUAAGAAAGGAAAAACGAUUUUAUGAUGAAGAGAAUUGAAGGAAUAUAGCUGUAAAAAAGGUUUUUCGACAGUUCCGUUUGUGGACUUUGCUCAUAGAGCAAAUAAAACUAAUAAAACUAAAGUUUUUACAGAAGUUUUUUUAAAAAUAUCUAUUCAAAUUUGAAAAGGUUAGGUGUGAUUUCUUCAUUUAUUUUAUGGGAAAUCGCGAUGAUUCCCUUUCAAGCUUGGUUUUUUUUCCCACAACUUCCUAGCAGGUGAACCUAAAAACUGUUAUUUGUAGACAAAAAAAACUCUCAAACCAUUACCUGAUUUGAAGAAAAAAAAAACAUAUGACUUGAAUGAAAUGUUUAUUUCGCUCACAGACAGAUCUGUGGUGUGGAGGAAGAGAACCAUGAAAGUUAUGUUUGCCUCCACUUCGAUAAAGCUCCACUUCAAUUUUAAAAUAUUGAAGGUCGAAAUCGAAGAGAAUCAAAAAGAAUAGUAAUCUAUAAACGAAUUAAAUCAUUUUGUGAUAUUUGCAGCUUCCUUAUCAAAAACCAAUUUUUCAAACAACUUUUAAAUCUUCUUUGGUCAUCCUCAAAAACCACUUCGGCUUUUCCGACAAACAAGAUUUCUCAUCUUUUCAGAAUUGAUGUUGGUCGUAGAUUUUAUGGCUUUUCUCUUUUAAUUUAUUAUUUUUUCAGGUAUUGGGAGAAAUGAUUUCGAAUCUGUGUUAUCAGCACCGUUUCGGAAGUUAUUUCACAGAGCCUCUGGUCGCAGGCUUGGACCCCGACACCCACAAGCCCUACAUCUGUGCCAUGGACACUAUCGGCUGUAUUGCCUCUCCUCGAGAUUUCGUCGCCGUCGGAACUGGCCAGGAAUAUUUGCUCGGCGUUUGUGAAAGUUCGUUGUUCCGUUAACCGCCUUCUCGCUAAAUAUACUUGGCUUCAAAAUUAACCAAGAUUUUCUUUCUACACUUUCUUUGCUCAUUUUAUAUCUUGCCGGCUGUCAGGCUACUGGCGCGAGAACAUGAAGGCGGACGAGCUUUUUGAGGCGACGGCCCAGUCGAUGCUCUCUUGUCUGGAACGCGACGCGGCUUCUGGAUGGGGCGCCGUCGUCUACACUAUCACCAAGGACAAGGUUCCAAUUUUCAGUUUAAUUAACAAAAGUGUCAACUCAUUUGCAGGUUAAUGUGUCGACGAUCAAGGCGCGCAUGGACUGA